AUAGCCACAGCGUGAGAGCAAAAAUAUAGCACGCAGGCGCUGUAACGUAGAAGAAAACUGGCAGAUCAGUGGCGUGGGUGGCUUCGGUGAAGAAACAGGGCUGUGUAGGUCUCGGUUUAGGGGGCUGAAUCGUGACGCCGUGAGUCUCAGUGUAGAGGACUGUGACUCGCCGCCGUGGGUCUCAGCUCAGCGGCGGUUUGAGCGUCGUUGUGGGUGUCAGUUUCUUCUGCUUGGAAGCUUUUGAUAUCGAUUACAGGGGCAGCCAAAAAUGGGUUCUUUUUAAGAUGAAAUCGACGGUAACCUUGAUGUUAACAAUCGGUGGAGAUUGUGGUUAGCUUUCAGGGGAGUCUGAUUCUCAGUUUGUGUGGGUUAAUUGCUUCAUUGUAUCUCUGUAUUAACGACUUGAUGCUCUUACACUGUAAGUGGAGCCUGCUGUCUGCUAGGAAUGUUCUGCAUUACUCGUACACUAAUAGCAUUACAUCUAUCCCAGUUGGUAACCCUCAAAACUGGCUGCUUUAUGCCAUCAGACGCUUUGGCCAUCAGUCAUCUACUAAUAAUAUCUCUCCUGAUGAAGAGAAGGUGAAGGAUGAAGUCUUAAAUCAAAUUACUGCCACAAGGGAAAAUGCCUCAAGGUGCAGCCACGAAACCUUUGACGUUUGCAUCGAUAAGAUGUGUAGAUCAGGCAAUCUUACAGCUGCUGCUCAACUACUUAAAUCAUUAUGUGAUAGGAAAAUAUCUCUUAGCUCCUCCAAGGCAUAUGAUAUGGUUUUGCUUGCAGCAAGUGAAAGAGGAGACACUACCCUUUUAUGUCAAGUAUUUAAAGAUUCCCUUGUUUCCCGUAAACCGCUGAGUUCGACCUCGUACAUGAAUUUUGCCAAGGCCUUUGCCAGGACAGAUGAUAGUAGCAAGCUACUGGAAUAUGUCAAAGAAAUAAUUGAGAUGACGUUUCCAAACUUCCUGGUCAUAAACAGAAUAAUCUUUGCCUUCUCCGAAUGUAGGGAGAUUGAUAAAGCCCUUCAGAUAUUUAAUCAGAUGAAGCUUCUGUCAUAUAGACCAGAUUUGUACACAUAUAACAUCAUUUUGGAUGCGCUAGGUCGUGCAGGUCGAAUGGAUGAAAUUCUUCAUAUGUUUGUUUCCAUGAAAGAAGAUGGCAUCGCCCCGGAUAUUGUGUCGUAUAAUACAUUAAUAAAUAGCUUAAGGAAGGUGGGUAGACUAGAUAUGUGCUUGAUUUACUUCAGGGAAAUGGUUGCAAUGAGAAUUGAACCUGAUUUGCUUACUUAUACUGCUUUGAUAGAGAGUUUUGGUCGAUCUGGAAACGUCGAGGAAGCUUUAACACUCCUCAGGGAGAUGAAGCUUAAGCAUAUCCGACCUUCGAGCUAUAUCUACAAGUCUCUCAUUAGUAAUUCAAUGAAGAUUGGGAAGGUGGAGUUGGCUAUGAACCUUCUCAAGGAGAUGAAAUUAAGUUAUUCAAAACUUGCUGGUCCAAAGGAUUUCAAACGAAAAAGAAGUUAACCAUUUACAAGGCCUUUCAUGGUGACUUUCAGGCUGAUAAACCUGUGGGAUGGCUUUAAUCUUCAAACUGAGAUUUUCCAGAAUUACUGCUGUCUGCAAGUAAUAUUUGUACCCAUUUAUCUACCUCUUUGAUGUCUGACAUGAAAUACAAAGAUUAGUUACAGUGAUCAGUUGAAUUUUACUAUUUCUAGUAUGUAUGUUUCUUUGGGACAGAGUUUGGAAUUCAAAUCUAUAUCCAUAAAUACUAUAUCUUGACUUGAGCCACUCAAUAAGGAAAACACGACGUAA